AUGGGUACUAAACGUGCAAAUCAGUUUCGUUUGAUAACAGUGUUCAGCGUAACAUCGUCAACUGCAGCUUCCUUCCUCUGUGUGGUCGUAAUUCCGUUAUUCUAUACUUAUGUUCAAACAAAGACAUCUUUGAUGCGAGAAGAGGUUAACUUCUGCAAAUCAAGAUCUUCAAAUAUAUUAGACGAAGCAGCUCGAAUACAGGUGCUCUCCCACCAUGAAGAAAACCGUGCGAAAAGAGAAUAUUCAAAUAUUUGCUGUGGUUGUGGCCACUCGCCACAAGGGCCAGAAGGUCCUCCUGGUCCUGAUGGUUCAGACGGUCCAGAUGGUAUUCAGGGGCCACCAGGAAAAGAUGGGCCUGACGCUCCACCACGUCUAGCUUCUUCAAAAAUAAACUGGAAUCUAAUUUGCGAACCUGGUCCACCGGGUCCUAUGGGACAACCAGGGCCAAAAGGUCUACCAGGCAAAGCAGGACCUCGUGGAUCUGAUGGAGCUCCAGGACCUGCAGGUCCUCCCGGAUCUCCAGGUCCUCGCGGCCCGCCUGGA